AUGGAGAAAAAGAAUGAGAGCGAUAUUGUUGGAUAUCGUCGAUUAACAUUUGCCGGUGUUACGGUGGCAGCAGUGGCAACAAUGACAUCAAUAAUCGUCGUACCUCUACUAUUUUCACAUGCACAAGCUAUACAAUCACAACUGGAUGUGGAAUUACGCUUCUGUGUUAUGAGUACACAUAAUCUUUUCGAUGAAAUGAUCAAGGUCGAACAUAUAACCGGUCAUCAAAGUCGCGUGAAACGUCAUGGAGGAUAUGGGGGACGUGGAUACGUUACUGCUCCGAUGGUGUACCCACGUCCACAAGUGCCCACCUACGUGAGGCCACAAGUGCCAGUUAUAAGUCCACAACCUGUCAUAAAACAGCAACGGUUCUGCAUCCAUGGACCACCAGGCCCACCAGGACCUCCUGGUAUUGACGGAUCACCAGGCAAUGAUGGUCAACCAGGAGCGAACGGUAUACCAGGCCCAGAUGCUGCCGGUGGAGGCCCAACUGUAGCUGAUUUUUGCUUCGACUGUCCACCAGGUCCACCCGGUAGACCAGGUCGACCAGGGCUGAUGGGACCACCCGGUGCCCCUGGAAUGCCUGGUGGUGAUGGCAUGGCAGUAGCUGGACCUCCAGGUCCACCGGGGCCACCUGGACCUCCUGGAGAAGAUGGUUUACCUGGUGCUCCUGGUCAACCCGGAGCGCCAGGUGUGAUGGUGUCUGGCGAAAAGGUGUUUGGACCACCCGGACCACCCGGACCACCUGGACCACCUGGGGCACCUGGACUACCUGGACAGCCAGGAAUUUCUACUCCAGGCUUGCCGGGACCGCCUGGGGACAUGGGUGCUCCUGGCGCUCCAGGGCGUCCAGGGCCUCCUGGAUUACCUGGUGCCAUGGGUGGUGGUGGUAAGGGCGGAAAUUGCGAUCACUGUCCUCCACCAAGACUUGCACCUGGCUAUUAA